AGUGAGACCUCCUGUCUCUUGCUCUUUAAUAGAAAGACAGUGCUAGCAUCACAUCUGAAGCUCGGCUCCAUGUUUUUACCGACCACCAGCGUCAUGUUUGCGGUCAGAAACGCUCUCCGCCUGGGCUCCAGGUUAUCUGUCCCCACCGUAGCGAGGAGGGGAUGUUCCGGAGCCGCUAUCCAAGUGGAUGACGUGGUGAACGGACUCACAGAGGACCAGAUACAGCUAAGGCAGACAGUUCGUAAGUUCUGUGAAGAGAAGCUUGCACCUUAUGCCAAUGAGAUCGACAAGAACAAUGAGUUCCCAGGAAUGCGGGAUUACUGGAAAGCGAUGGGUGAGAUGGGACUGCUUGGGAUCACUGCUCCAGUGGAAGAUGGCGGAACAGGAUUGGGCUACAUGGAGCAUGUCCUCGUGAUGGAGGAGAUGUCACGGGUGUCAGCUGCCAUCGCUCUCAGCUAUGGUGCCCACUCCAAUCUUUGUGUCAACCAGUUAGUGCGUCACGCCAACCCAAAGCAGAAGGAGAAGUACAUGCCGAAGUUACUGACGGGUGAACAUGUGGGAGCCCUGGCUAUGAGUGAGCCCAAUGCUGGUUCUGAUGUCGUCUCUAUGAAACUCAAAGCUGUCAAGAAAGGUGACUAUUAUGUUCUAAAUGGCAACAAGUUCUGGAUCACAAAUGGGCCAGAUGCUGAUGUCCUCAUCGUGUAUGCAAAGACCAACCCUGAGGCGCAGCAGAAGGGGAUCACAGCUUUUAUUGUGGAAAAGGGAAUGGCAGGAUUCUAUACAGCUCAGAAACUCGACAAACUGGGAAUGAGGGGAUCCAACACCUGUGAGCUGAUCUUUGAAGACUGUAAAAUUCCAGAGGAGAAUAUACUGGGUCCACUGAACAAAGGUGUUUAUGUGAUGAUGAGCGGCUUAGAUCUGGAGAGGCUGGUGUUGGCUGCUGGACCUGUUGGCAUAAUGCAGGGUGUUUUGGAUGCUGCCAUUCCCUACCUACAUGUGAGAGAAGCUUUUGGACAGAAGAUUGGACACUUUCAGCUGAUGCAGGGCAAGAUGGCCGAUAUGUACACCAGACUGAGCAGCUGUCGGCAGUACCUCUACAAUGUUGCCCGCGCUUGUGAUAAAGGGCACUUUAGUGCAAAGGACUGUGCUGGAGUGAUCCUGUACUGUGCCGAGAACGCCACUCAGGUGGCUUUGGAAGGAAUUCAGUGUUUAGGUGGGAAUGGCUACAUCAACGACUAUCCAAUGGGAAGAUUCCUGCGAGAUGCUAAGCUGUACGAAAUCGGGGCGGGCACGAGCGAAGUCCGCAGGAUCAUCAUCGGCCGAGCCUUCAACUCCAUGUUCAAAUAGACACUUUGAAGAGGAGUUUGUUGUUUGUAUCGUCCCUCACACCCAGGACCUUACUGAAGGAGUUCAGAUGAUUCACCGCCAUGCUGUCCAUGUAUGAGAUGCACUGAUAUCAACCAAUCAGAGAAGGAUGUUUAGCGCUGCAAAGUGAACAAAUUAUAUACUGAUCUAAGCCAAGUGACCUUUGUCUUUGUUUAGUUAUGGUAGGUUUGAGUUUACUUUGAGGUACAUAGUAAUCAGUUGUGAUGGUUAUGGCUGAAACACUCCUGCAGAGCCCUGAACCGGCCGCUGCUUCCAACAAACAAAUGAUAAUAACUACAUCCUUAAAGUGUAGGAAGUUUUCCUCUGUGAUGUUUUCAGUGCAAACAUAACUGAUUCAUUCUAUACAGAUCAACUCUGUUCUAUUAAUGCUUGGAUCUUUUGUGAAGACUUUGUUCAUACUUAUCAUUAUGUAGAUGUACAGUGUAGAAAUGAAUGAACUGUAUCAGGUUUGCAAUAAAUGACAAUAAAGCUUUUUUAAUGUUUG